GGUCUUGUCCAGUCGUCCCAGCUCCGGCGAAUCACGAAGCCCCGAUUCCAGGUCAUACCACGCUGCUGAAGUGGUUGGGCCGUUGUUCAGCAUCGUCAAACCGUCCGUGUGGACUACGGUUUCGUCGGACGACACUCUGAUGCGGAACAUGCUCGCAGAUGUCUUCCUCAGGAACUACGAAUGGGUCUCGUCGUUUCAGAAGGAGUACUUUUUGCAGGACAUGUCGGCAGGGCCUACCGCCCCUCGCCGCUGCUGCUCCUCCUUCCUCCUGGCAUUUGGCAGUUGACGGAUGUCCUACCCCGGCCUGACAAAGCGUAUGGGCACUGGAAUCUGCGGAACCUGGGCUAUCAAGUUCUGGCAGAGGCCAAGAGACUCUGGGAGGUUGAAAUAACCAGCGGUCGUGUACGGCUUACAACCCUCCGAGCGUCUAGCCCGUUGCACCUCGUCCAUCACCUCAACGCUAUGGAUCGCGUAAGCUUCUCGCUACACCGAGCAAGCCAUGGAAAUGGCGCAGCAGAUUGGAAUUUUCGGCAUAUCGAUGGCAGAGGAUAGGAGACAAGGCAGAAGCAACGCGAGAGCCUUCACGGCAUGGGCGUUGUUCAAUUCCCAGACCAUUAUAUGCACGGCCAACUUCAAGCCGCCGUUUAUUAGGUCGCCCCCGACGAUACCAAUACCUGACCCAGCCAGGAACUCCGAGUGGUAUGGCCAGACAU